CUCUACGAAAAUUCCUCUCCAUCCUCCCAAAUCUCACAAAGCUAACGCCAAUCUACGAAAGAAAAAAACGGUGGAUAUAAUCCGAGCAUGGCAGAAACCGACGAUAUCCUCGCCUCCCUCCAAUCUUCUCUCCGCAACACUCUCGCGACCUUCGGGCCCGAGAGCGUGCAGUACAAGAGCACAGCGAAAGUCAUGGACGAGUACAUUGCUCACAAAACUCAAUCUCAGCUUUCUACUGCCGUAGGGAAAGGCAAGGAGAAGGAGACGCAGGGUCCGAUGUUCACGCUGGCGCAUCGGCCGAAGACGGUGGGGUGGCGGAAGUAAGGGUUCGGAUGAGGG